AUGUUCCACAUUGCCGCUCGUGGUCGUUCGUUGAGGCAGGACAACAAGGACUACAUGCUGGCAGCGGCGUCCCGCCCGGUCGCCAAAGCAGCUGGUACUUCGGCAGCACCUCCGACUUCGGCUAUUCCUGCACUCCUACUCCUCUCUGUCCUCAACGCCCGCCACAAGCCCGAGGGUGCUCCCGACGCGCGUCCUGUUGGCAGCGGCUCGUCCAAGUCGCAGAUCACCAACCAGCUGGCUAUGAGUCUGGAGGAGGCCCACCUGAUUCUGAACGUGAAGAAGGAGGCAUCUAUGGAGGCGAUUCUGGAGAACUAUGAGCGCAUCUUCAAGGCCAACGGUGCUCCUGCCGCCCCCAAGGAGCCUCCUGCGACCACUCCUGCCGCACCGGCAGCACGUGGAGCCAAGAAGGCGAGGAAGGGCCCCACCCACAGCCACUACCUUCAGUCCAAGGUGUACCGCGCAUUGGAACGUAUCAAGGCCGAGCGCGCCGACGAGAUUUCUGCUCUCACCUCCGAGGGUGCCGCCGCGGAGGGUGCUGCCGCUGCCGAGGGUGCUGCUGCUGCCGAGGGUGCUGCUGCUGCCGAGGGCGCCGCCGCAGAGGGCGCGGCCAAGGCAGAGGGUGCCCAGGCGGGCAAGGAGGGCAAGGCCCAGUAG